UGUCGUCAGUCAUCACAACCCUUCCGAUCAACACCGGACGCAUAGAGAUGUUUUUCUCCUUUUUCCGUUCGAAACCCGUGUUUCGAUCUCUGUAGGUACGAGCUGUCUCUCACUCGUAUCCGUUUUUGUAUCUAUGUUCUUCACCGGCGAUUUGUUUCCUGCCGUCUCUCUUCGGUAAUCACAGAUUUGUUACUUCUCUGUCUUUACUUCUUUGGUGAUCACAGAUUUGGUGUUCCCCUGGCCUUACUGCUUCGGUAAUCACAAGGUAUAGACAAAGUACAAGUAAUGGCGGGACAUGAUGAUUUAGUGGCUUCUGAUAAGAAGUCAAGUGACGCUGACAUACCAACCUUCCAUGCUGAGAACCUGCAAAACAACAUAAAGAUAAUCUAUUACAGUCGAACUUUCUUGUCCAUCAUUGGUGGAGUUAUUGCCGGAAUUUUGGGAUUCACUAGCUUGACAGGCUUUGUCUUUUAUUUUCUCGUCAUGGCAAUUACUUCUCUUGGACUUGCAGCCAAGGCAAAGUUCUCCAUUCAUGCAUAUUUUGAUUCCUGGAAUCGAAUCAUACUUGAUGGCUUUUUGGGCGGGCUAAUGUCGUUUGUGUUGUUCUGGACUUUUGCGUACGACAUUGUCCAUAUAUUCUGAGAGAGUGACUGCAAAACAAGGCUACCCACUGCACUGAAGGAGAUGAACCCUGUUUACUCCAUUGCCUGUGAUGAUGUGCUUCUGUAAUAUAUCAGGUUGGGGAUUCUAAAGAAUCUUUUUGUUUU